UUGGCAGCUGCCAGCUACCUCCAGAUCUCCGACCUGGUAUCCCUGUGCAAGAAGAAGCUCAAGAGAAAUGGCAAGUACUGCCACGUAAGGACAUCAGGCUACCCGACAUUUGGGAGUCUUGGACGGGGCUUAAGGGCCACCACACCUGUUAUUCAGUCUUGCUUUAACUCCGCACCUAGACCUAUAGACAUAGCACCAGGUGAGCCGGUGAAUCCCAUCAACACACAUUGUGGAGAGCUCUAUGCCUCAGUGUCUCAGGGAAAUCAGCUGCACCAGCAUGGACUCUGCCCACCAGAAAGGCAUUGCUCUCCAUUGUGCGGACUCGACCUUUCUAAGAAAAGCCCCAGCCGGCCUUCUGCUCAGCACCAUUCAGAUGGUGACAACAGAGAGUCCUCAGUGCCCGGGAGGCCAGAUAGUCCUUCAGUAGCUGCAAGUGUUCUCACCAACCAUAGCUCCUACAAAGAAAGUUCCCAUCCUUACCAGAAGCUGGAAAGCAGCAGUAGCACUCCACCUGCCCAACACUCAGAGCACUAUAGAAACAACGUCCCCAAUAACCAUCUUAGCAGGACUGAGAGUCGAGAUCUGAUGUUUGACUGGAUGAAGCCUGAACCAAUGGUCAACUAUGUGGAUGAGAGUGACAGAGAGAAAGAUCUGGACAGAGAAGACAAAGGUGAGGGCUCCCCUUUAUCCCAGCAGCCCAGAUACCCCAGCAUUGAGAGUAAUGAACCUGAUGAUGAUAAAAGCACCAGUGAAGAGACCGGCAGCAGUGGAGACCCAUCACCCUCUGCCAACCUGGAGAGAUACCAUUGCAACCAUCUCUAUGAGCCAGAAAGCUAUGGAGACAACCUAUAUGUCUGCAUUCCUUGUGGAAAAGGGUUCCCCAGUAGUGAACAACUCAAUGCCCAUGUGGAAGCCCAUAAUGAGGAAGAGCUUUAUCAUAAAGACAGCAUGGACCCACCUGUGCCUUUCCUAGACAAAUCCAGCCAAAGCUUAGGGGACAUCAUACGACCCUACCGUUGUUCUUCCUGUGAAAAGUCCUACAAGGACCCGGCCACCCUUCGCCAGCAUGAGAAGACCCACUGGCUCACUCGCCCAUACCCAUGCAGCAUCUGUGGGAAGAAGUUCACCCAAAGGGGCACCAUGACCCGUCACAUGAGGAGCCACCUGGGCCUCAAACCAUUUGCCUGCGAUGCUUGUGGCAUGCGGUUCACCCGCCAGUAUCGGCUGACCGAGCACAUGAGGAUCCAUUCUGGUGAAAAGCCCUAUGAAUGCCAGGUAUGUGGGGGCAAGUUUGCCCAGCAAAGAAACCUCAUCAGCCACAUGAAAAUGCAUACCACGGGACCAGAUGGCAAACCCAAGCUGGACUUUUCCGAUAGUGUCUAUGCCAUGGCCAAGUUUACCGCUGACCACUUGGGCCUGAAGCAAGAGAAAGCUGCUGAGAUACUCUCACAGACCUCACACUUCCUCAAUGACCCCAAAACCAUAGAAAGUUUGUAUCCCUUGGCCAAGUUCACUGCAGAGCACUUGGGACUGACCCAGGAGAAAGCAGCUGAGGUGUUAAGCCAGAGUCCCCACCUGGGCACUGAUAGGAUCAUAGAGAGGUUCUCCUCCCCAUAA